UUUUUUGCCGGCUGCAUCACCCAGCUUUUUUUUUUCAUAGCUUUUGGGACCACCGAGUGCUUCCUCCUGGCUGCGGUAGCGUACGACCGCUACACGGCCAUCUGCAAGCCCUUGCUUUACCUGUCCAUCAUGUCUCACAGGGUCUGCAUCCUGCUAGUGGCCGGUUCGUACGUGCUUGGCCUGCUGCACUCUUUGGUGCACGCGGACUUCACCUUCCGCCUGCCUUUCUGCUGGCCAGCCAAGGUCGACCAUUUCUACUGUGACCUCAUGCCUGUUCUAGCACUCUCCUGCUCCGACACCCAUGUCAACAGGCAUCUGAUAUUCGGCCUCGCAGGACUGGUGGAGAUGGUGACCAUCUUGGCCGUCCUGGUCUCCUAUGCCUUCAUCCUCUCUGCCAUCUCAAAGAUCAACUCUGUUAAGGGCCGGCACAAAGCCUUCUCCACUUGCACCUCUCACCUGGCUGGAGUCACCAUCUUCCACGGCUCUGUCCUUGCCCUGAACUUCCGACUGAGGUCCAGCGACACCCUGAGCACGGACAAGAUCUUUGCUGUGUUUUACUCGCUGGUGGUGCCCAUGCUGAACCCCCUGAUCUACAGCCUCAGGAACAGGGAGGUGAAGAACGCCCUGAGGGAGCUUGUCAUGUGGAAGUAA